AUGGCGGGGCCGCGCUGUCGGGCGGCGGUGGCGGCUGGGGCCGCUGCGUGCGGGCUGGUGAUCGCCGCCUGGCUGGGCCGCUGUCCGGCUGUGCGCCGCAUCGCCCGCCGCGCCUCCGCCGCGCUCAUGGCACUCGCCGGGCCGCUGCUUUUCCGCCUGGGGUACAGCCUGUAUGCCCGCACACGCCUCGGCUUCCUCUUCUACAAGCGGCAGGUGAAGAAGGCCCGCGAGCGCUUCCCCCAUGGCCAUUCGGUGUCCCAACCACGGGGCUUCCAUGGGGUGAAAAUCGUGCCCAUCCCCGUGCUCUCCAAUAACUACAGCUACCUGGUCAUCGACACAGACUCUGGCCGUGCAGCCGUGGUCGACCCCUCUGACCCACUGGCUGUGCAGGCUGCCAUUGAAGAGGAGGGGGUGGUGCUGGAGGCUAUACUCUGUACACACAAACACUGGGACCACAGCGGAGGGAAUGCGGCGCUGCUCCAGCAGCACAGCUCCUGCAAGGUGUAUGGCAGUGCUGUCGAUGCCAUCCCUGAGCUCACCCACCCCAUUGGGGACAGGGAGAAGCUGAGCGUGGGCUGCCUGACUUUUGAGGCACUGGCCACACCAGGCCACACCGUGGGGCACAUGGCCUUUGUGCUGGAUGCAGGGCCCUUCGGGGGCCCCCCCUGCCUGUUCUCCGGGGACCUGCUCUUCCUGGCUGGCUGCGGAAGACUGUUUGAGGGCUCCCCCGAAACCAUGCUGGCCUCCCUGGAUGCAGCCAUGGGCUUGGGAGAGGACACGCUGCUGUGGCCGGGCCACGAGUAUGCACUGGAGUGCCUGAGCUUUGCCCGCCUGCUGGAGCUGGACAACCCCGCGCUGGAGCAGAAGCUGCUCUGGGCCACUCAGCAGCGGCAGGAGAAGAGGAGCACGUGCCCCUCGACGUUGGGCGAGGAGCGGACCUACAACCCCUUCCUGCGCACGCACCGCCGGGAGCUGCACGAGGCGCUGGGGCUGCAGCGGGGCAGCGGGGAGCACCAUGAUGCCUUCCGAGCCCGCGUCCUGCGGGAGGUGCGCAGGAGGAAGGAUCUCUACAAGGCCACCUAGUGACCCUCCCCACCUCGUGACCCCCCUCUGGACGUGGGGGGAUCUUCUGGACUAUGUGAUUUUCUGCUGUGAAUUCCCCUCCUCCUUAAUCCUGCUGGGAGAUACAGGGAAAGCAUGGACC